AUGGAUGAGUUCUUCAAGAGUGAGGGUCUUGUCGAUGGUGAAACUAGGGCUAAGAUUCUUAAGGCAGCUAUUGAUGAAAUUAAGAUGAACACUUGCAAAUUAGCUUGCCGUCAAGUUGAAAAGAUUUUGAGGAUUAGGGAGGAAUUCGGAUGGCAAAUCCAUCGGUUGAACGCCAAAGAGGUAUUCCUUCGAUGUGGUGGAGAUGCCAAUGAAGUAUCGGAGAAAUUGGUGUUGGUGCCUAGUACGAACAUUGUAGCUCGUUUCAUUUGCAAAGAAAAUAUAGAUCCGAAACCGACUAUCGGUACUCCAUCCAGUGCCAUUGUAGUAGCUACUACAAACAACUAG